GGGUACCUGCCAAAUUGCAUUUGCUAAACCAGGAGACCCAAGUUAAUCAGAUGAUUAAAAGUAUGGAUCUACUACUGCAAAGAAAUGUUGCCUGGAUUGCAAGUAGUUUCUGCCUUUUGGCUUCUUAUUUCUGGCACGCACUGUGGGCUGUGUUAAGCUGUAGAAGAAAAAGAAAGAUUCCUGCACCUGGAAAUACACAGGGAUGAAUACAGAUCAACCCUGAGAUAAAAGAUGAAGAGAGGAAGGUGGUGAAGAUUGCUGGAAAGGGUUCAUUUUAGAGGAAGGAAGAGGAACACAGAAGUUCCAGUUAUAUAAAGAAGUGUACUGCGAGGUGCAAAAUAGACACCGAAAGGAAUAAAAGGAAAUGAGCAACGUAUGAAAAGGUGGCGGAAGAAUAAGGAAGUUGUAGAUGAAAAUAAUGAGACCUUUGUGGGACAAAGGUAUUAAUUUCUUAUGAAGAUCUUAAGUCAUUAGGAAACAAAACAGGUAAAUAAUCAUUUUACUCUUUGACAUUCUGAAAAGUUGACUCCUGCUGUUUGUUUCUGAAUUGCUGCUAUCCUUUCAUCUGACUGGAGAUUUUAUUAUAGGGAUUUGAGCAUUUUUUUUUUUAAUAGAAGAGGAAGUCUAUAUGUUCAAAGGAAAACCAAAUCUUAUUCUAUUUUAUUCUUUUUCUGCUAGGAAAUGCAUCAUAAGAUGCUUACCGUUUUCACAGAGGAGCCGAUCACACAUUCCAACCCACUUUCGAGUAUAUUCACCUUCCUAAAGAAAAAAAAAACAACUCAGCUAUUCCCCCCCUUUUUUUUUUUUACCUCAAGAAAAAUGCUGACCACUUCUAGAAAACUGUACUGCUUUUCUGUAGAAUAUAUAUAUAUAUAUUUAUAUGCUAGAAAGAAGUCUAAGAGAGGGAUGCAAUAAUAAGCUUCAAGUAUGUAGGAGGCAUCCAGAAAGGAGAAGCGAAUAAAUGUUUCUCCUUGUGCAUACACAGGACAAGAAGAAAUCAGUUUCAGUGGCGCCAAGGGAAAUUUAAGUUAGGAAAACUUUCUAACAUAGAAAACCCAACACUGCAACACAUCGCUUAGAGAAAUAAUGGAAGUUUGAGCACUGGAGGUUUUUAAGAGGCUCAAUACGUGGGCCAGUCUCAUAUAUGAAGAACAUUAUGUGCUACACGCUGUCUUUUAGCUGCACGAAGAAAGCUGCUUUUCCUCCAGAUCUUCCCACUAUUUUAAUAAUAAAUGUGCAGGAUGAUUCAGUAUGGAUACAACUUGAAAUUCAUUAUGUUCUAUCAAUUCUUACCUGGAUUGUGUGAAAAUGCAUACAAUUAAUAUCUGUGUGAUUGAGGGAAGCUGUUUUCUCACGUUACCUUUUCUGAAAGCUAAGGUCAUGAUGGCAUGGUCUAAAUUAGCACUUGUAAGCCAUAGCUAAUUGUUCACGCUUCUUUUUCCUUAACAUAUACCUCAUGCAAACCUGAUUCUUGCCCAGACAUAGGUAUGGGAAUGUCAGAAAUACACAUUUUGCUUACACUUAGGAGCAAGCAAUGGUUGGAAUGGGGAGCAUGCAUCACGCAGGUGCUGCAGACUCCUGAAUGGCAGGGAUUUACAUUUUAUUUAUGAAGGAAGAGCAGAGGAGAGACACUCCAAGCUUCUGCGACAGUAAAAUAUCAACCCAGACAUGGGAGCUCAGGAGGUACGUUGUCUAGAACAGCUUACAGUUGAUGAGCAUGGUACUGUGCUCUCCAGAUAAAGUUCAGUAUAGCAUAUCCUGGCACGCAGCUUGGAGCCCAAAAAGUUGGAAUUCAACUCAAACAUUUCCACUUGUGCUCUUGUUUACAAUGGUUGAUGCCAGCUAACAUAAAUUUACGAGGUGCUCUGUCUGGGCCUUUAACAGUUAGAAAAUAUGAAGAACUGAGCUGAACUGAGCUAAACUGGACAGACUCAGGUUGAAAAGGAGGUUGGGGAGCAAAAUUUCUUAUAACAUGAGUCUGAUAAGAGAAAAAAAGGUCAAGCAGGGAAGUCAGCAUCUCAGCAGUAUGGUCAGAGGACCAAGAGCUGGUAAAAUCGAGUGUACCACUCAUUUAAGCAGGAAAAGGUUCUCAGGCUUUACUUGUACUGAUAAAUUAUCACUUAUGAAAUAUAUGUUAAAAAGCAAGUAUUAGCUCUUUUUGCUAAUUAGACUGUUCGGGUGUUUUGGACUAGCAGAAUUUCUUCUGAAGCGGUUUUUCUCUUAUACCUGUGAGAUUGAUACCCAAUCAAAAAGAUCAGAACCUGCUAUGAACUUGAUCUGGGCAUCUGUGAGCCUGAGGCUUGAGGUUCAGAAACACAAAGCUAACAGAUAAAUGUCUGUGAUAAUUUCCUAAUACUAGCCAGAUUUUUCAUAUUCAUGUGUACAGAGAAAAUAAAGCUGACCAUGGUGUGAGUUCAAGAGAGAAAGCAGAAGGGAGACUUUUAUUUCUCUAGCCUGCCUGGUCUUCACCUUUAACCCCUCUAUGAGUCAAACGGCUGAAGGGGAACCUACCUAUGUCUCUUGUUGACAAAUGUAAUGCUGAUGCUAUGCAUGAGGUUUUAUCUCAUCUCUUGCAGACGUGUUGUAUCGUGUCUGUAGGGAAGUUAAAAACAUGAAAGUCACAGGAACUGUCACUUAUCCACUGCUACUCCUCUUGCUUUUUCUUUCAAAUUUUAGAUGCUUCUGUACGAUAGACAUGCUGCUUUAAGGCUUUUCCCACACAACUUGAAAUAAACAAACACAGUGAGGGUUAUUUUGUUUGUUUUUUGUAUUUUUUUUUUUAAGUAAGUGCCGUUUAAAUCAUUUAAUUCAGCAUGAGCUGAGCAGCAGUUGUAUAGAAGAAACAAAACUCCUUGUGGUUGAUUACUAAAUACAAUGAUUUUAUCCCAGUUGAUCAGCACUAUGUUACACAAUGUGUUACUGUGUGUAAAAAUUCCCAGUGUUCGGUAUCAGCCUUUGGGUUGGUAUUGUCACCUCCACGAUGUAGAAACCUAAUACUAACAUUCCAAGGCACAAUAUUUAGGUACUCAGGUGGUAAACUGUGUCACUUUCAUAACUAGUGGAAUUGUUUUCUUUUUAGUUUUUCAUUUGGGUACGUAUUUUUUUUGUUUUCCAUUCAGGAAGGGUUACUAUUACUGCAGUUUGUGCCCUUAAUCUCCUGCAGCCAUUUUUGCAGUUUCAGUGCUGUGCAAGUUCAAAUGAUUGACUGUUGCCACAGUGAUACUGAGAGCUGAGGAAGAAGGACAUGGAUGAGGAAAUAUCCAGUCAAGUUAGUAUCACUUCUUCUUUUUUCCUCAGGAGAGAGAACUGAGGAACUUCAGAACUCAGAAUCAUUUGACAGAUAGGCUUUCCAGCCAUCAAACCAGUGUUCCUGAAGUCUGGUACCUGAGGUAGCAGGGAUAUAGCCAUCCUCCUGUGUAGACACUGUGUAGGCACUGUGGAAACUGCUUUUGCAAUUCUACAUCCAGUGUUCUGGCUCAGAGGGUAGAUUUAUGUUCAUUUAUAUGGACUGUUUAGAAUAACAAGAAUAAAAAUGUGACAGAAACAUUUUUCUGGGGCUAAGUGAAAACUCAGUGUAGCCAGUGAGCUCAAAGCUCACUAAUGGAACAGGCCAUGGAUAGUUGAACAUAAGGAAAACAGGAAGAAACCAUUGUAAUAAACUCAGUCAUCACUAAAACUUGUAAGAGGAGAAUAAAAUAUCUGUUUUACAGGCUAAUUUCAUGUGCUAGCAAUAUAUAUCAUCACUAGGAGAUCAUUUAAAUUAUAGGGAAAAUAUUAAGGUAUUCUGCUAUUAAAAUAUCUCAGAUUAUUCAUGUAUACUGUUGUUGAAUUUUAUCAAGUGGUUGUGCUAAUGAUGCACACUGCGAAGAAAGGAAUGUGCAAAUACUUUAAAUAAUACUAUUUUUUAUAGAAGACAUUGCCUGAAAUAACCAACUCUCACGGAACUCCUGAAAGAUAUCUGAACAUGAAAGAGUAUCUCCAGUUUGCAGAGCAAGAGGCAGCAAUCAGAUUCCCAGUUCUGAAGGACUUAUUGGCAACACCUUCCUGGACCAAGGAAGCAAACUGCUGUUAAAUUUCUUCCAUUUGUUCCUCUUCUAACCUCUCCACAGCACUGCUCUCUCCUAACUCAUGUCAGCUUCAGACAGAGCUCUGGGUAGGUUUGUAGUGAAGCAUUUUAAUAGCUGGUUUCCUGCAUUUGAAAAGUGCCUGGCAUUUUUUCAUGUCGUGGCAUAAUAUUAAAUCAGUAGGACUUUACGGAAGAUACCUGAUAAUAGGAUUUUGCCUCACAGAGCUUAAAAUUUUUAUUAGAAUUUAUAGUAUUGGUUUGAGGUAUUUCACAUAACGUUUCCCUGGGCAACUGUUAGAAGAGAUUUAAAUGUUUAACAUAUGUGGCUGUGCGCAGUAAUGUAACACAUGAUUUUGCCAUUACUAUCCGCGUGUCCUUUUUUUUAUCAUUUCCUUGCUGUUACUACAUAAUGUUCCUUUUGGAGAGGAUCCCUGUGGCUGACAGGCUUUCCCUAUGAAACCCCCUGAGCAGGAGCCCUAGCUGGGUGGCAAGGCACAACAAACCUUUAACCUCAUGCUUGUGCAGGGCAGUGGGGGCCGAGGGAAGCUUGCAGUGAGCUUCUGAGCUGGCACUUCACACAAGAUAAAUGGCUCCGCAAACCUGGCCAUUUUACAGGCAUGCAAACACCUCUCCUGGAAUUCUGUGUCUAACGGGCUUCUGCAGAUGUGAAACUGUCAGGAGGGUUUAGUUUAUCUUUCUAACAGAGACGAACGGAAAAAGGCAAAGGGAUUUAAACAUAACUGCUCUCUGCAGGAGCCUCCACGAUCCUCUUUGCUUCAAUCUUCUUUUUCUUUUUAACUGCUGUUCUGUAUAUUAUUCUUUCCAUGAAAUAGGGACCCCUAAACUCCAUGUCAUUUUCUUCCCCCCCGUCCUGUUUCCUAUUUUAAAAUCAUCUAACCUUCUCAACCCACUCAACGAACGUGCUACGCACAAUGACACGUGGUGGUCACCUCUUGGUAAUGUCUGUUAUGUAAAGAAGGGAUUUUGAUCCACGCUUCAGCGUCAUGCAUGGACGCAGUUCACCUUUCAGUCACAGUAACACGCUGCUCCCAGGAGGUGACAAAUGUACCUAGGGACUUCUUUCCUUUAUUAACCUGUGGUAACCUGAGAACAAGCUCCUGAAUUAGCUUAUCAACACUGGCUGCAUACUGAUUCAUAAAUGACUGUGAGAAAAUACUUUUUAAAACGUCAGCUGUGAUUGACUGUAAAAGGCACUCAGAAAUAAGGAGAAGAUCUUUCAUGUCCUUCAGUUUGUGAACAGAACCAAUUUUUACAGACUAUUUGAUGCAUUAGAUAUUCAGAACUCACUGCAUGCUUUAGCAAGUUAUCCCUCACACUUGCCAUUUAAAGGACGGAUAAACUGAGGCUGGUUCACUGGAGUCACAAAAGAAGCUCUUGAUCCUCUGAAUAGGGCAACAGUCUGUCUGUUUUCCAACAGCUGACCUUACCUGUUGCAUUCUGUGAGAGGUACUGCACAAGUGCAGGCUGUCCUAUGUAUGGUCAACCUAUGACAGCCAUAUGUCUAAGGCGAUCUUUUCCUUGUAUCUCAAAAGCAGCCUUUUUCCAUCGAAGUGAUCCAUGCUGAUGUGUUUUUAGCUCAUGUGGAAUAGGAUUGACUUGAAAUGAAAAGCUCUGGUUCUAAUAUUUACUUUUUAAAAUCUGCUUUUGUUUUUCUAACUAAUGUGAGAAAUGUCCAGCAGUUCAGACUUACCCUAUUCCUGAUCAGACUGAUUCUUUUUUGCCCAAUCUCAUCCUUCUGAAAAUAAUGAAAGCCUUUUGCAAAAGCAAAAAUUAAGCAGACUGUCUGAGUAAGGAAUACUAACCCCUGCUUUUGUGAUGUAUACUGACAGACAAACAAAGUAAAGAACAGCCUAUCAAUUUUUGGAAUUUUGUAUGAACAGGUCAUAGUAAAAUGUAAGAGCCUCUUAAUUUGUGGCAAGGUAGUCUGGUCUCUGUAAACACAGAUAAAAAUUAAGAUUUUGGAUAUGAUGGAAUUGCUUGUGUGUAGAGAGCUAGAUAUGUUGUAGCUGAAAUAUAAAGCAGAGGAAAAGGCUCUCGUUUUUUUUUUUAUUAUUAUUAUUUUUCCCAAAAAUCUGCGUGCAGCAUCUCCUUCUUUUACUUUCCUUAUUGUAUUUUUUUUUACAACCCCAUCAACUUCCUGCUGGCAUAAGAUGCUUCUCGAGCAAUAGAGGCUUUCAUCUGAAAAUCUCUUCUUAAGACGCAGCAAUUUCAAGCAGUCAUGCUUAAGGGCCCUGUAAGGUCCCUUGUUCCCUUCAGAGCAAGGAUCAUGUUACAUGUUAGGCUUCACUACUGCCAAAGUGUCUCUUCUUCUCAUGUGUCAUGUAGCCUUUUUGCUGACAAAUUCGUUUGGAGUGCAAAUAGUUCUGUCCCUGCUAGGGUUGAUGUCACGGAACCGAGUGCAUUUAGGAUGCUCAUCUCUCUAUUUGCUUCAUUUGGAAACAGAUAUAUGUAUAUACAUUAAUAAUGGAUUCAAGGCGCUUUUCUUCCUAAGUAAUUUGGGUGUCUCUUUCCUCUGUUUUAGUCAAAUGUGGGAGAGUAGUUACUUAAUUAGUUGAGUUGGAGUCGAUAAAGUAGGCGGUAUACCAGUGCAGUCUGGAUGGAAAGCCUUUGCAACUGAUAUCGUCCUCAAGCAGCUGAGCAUCAGAGCGUUUCCUCCCCCAGCCAAAACUUGCAAAAUGACCACAUCCAGCAGGCAAAGCUCUUCUACAUCUAUGGUCAACAACUUGGCAAAAAUGUUUGAUCCAAAUGCUUUGCAAAACCAGGGGCCUGAUAAUACAAUGGAGCCCCUGAAGAUUCGUCGUGUUGUAAGCAGUGAUGUCAGCACUGAAAGUUUUAAUGUCAUGGAUAUGAAGUUUGCCUUCCUUGAACAGAAAAUUGAUAAGCUGUUGAUGCUGCAAGACAACGUGCUUAAGAAACUGAACAGCGUUUCACAAGAAAUCUAUUGCAUUGAAAAAGAUAUUGAGAUUGUAAAAGCAGAGACAUCUGAGCCUGGAUUGAAGAUGGAAAGAAACAAAAAUCUGAGAAAUAAUCAGAUGAAGAGGCUUUGCCUUAAAAUGAAAAAAUCUCUUUCUGAUAUAAACAGGAAUGCAGAGCAGCAAGUUAAAAGACUAGAUGGACUGGAACAAAGCGUUUCUGCAAUACAGAAGCUUGUAGGGCCUCUCGCUGAGAAGGUUAAAGCAUUAAUAAUUCAUCAUUCAAGUGGAAAACAUCAUAUUCUAAAACGUAAGCUUCGCAAGGCAGGUGAUUAUACAAAAGCAGCUGGACGUGGUUUUGGAAUGCAGAUUUUCUCAGAGACGACAGCUGAUGCUCUGCUCAAGACGAGGAGUGAAAAGGUCGUGAAAGAAAAGUUGCAUUUGAGUGAGACGGGAACAAAUUCUACACAAGAGGAGGAACCACCAGAUUCAGCAGAGGGGGUCAUCCAGAACAGCCAGUCCUGUUGUCAUGAAGAAGAAGUUGAUAAGCUCAACAAGGAAAAUGCUGAGAGGGAAAGUACUGUUCUGCUACAAACAGAUUCUCCUGAAUUUCAUUCUGAAGAAACAGAGGAGAAAGAAGAAAUAGCUUUUGAAAGUUGUUAUAGGAGAAGCUCUGUACAGCAAGAAGAUGAUGCUGUUUAUGAUGCUUGUCAAAGGAUAACUGGGCAGGAGAUAGAGAGGGAGUCUCCAGCAGAUGAGGAGACGAAGGAGGAACAUCAGGUGCCUGGAGCUGAAGAACAAGAAGAGAGGAUGAAUGAAGGGGAGGGAGUUGAUAGUAAAAAUGAAAAAGAGGAUGAGGAACCAUCAGCACCUUCCCAAAAUGAAGAUGAGGCAGGACAAAGCCAUGAUCAAGAGGCACCGGAGGGAAUGUGUAAAGGCUGUGGAAAAGAUGAUACUUCUCCACCAGCACCAUUUGAUCACCGGAUUGUUUCAGCCAAAAGGGUGGGCAUCAGCAGUUAUUAUAAUGUCAACAGGAAUGAAAUCUUGGGAGGAGGACGAUUUGGUCAGGUACACAAAUGUGAAGAGAAAGCAACAGGUCUCAAGCUAGCAGCCAAAAUUAUAAAAGCCAGAGGAGAUAAAGAGAAGAAUGAAGUAAAGAAUGAAAUCAGUGUCAUGAACCAGUUGAAUCAUGUGAACCUUAUCCAGCUGUACGAUGCCUUUGAGUCAAAAAAUGACAUUGUCCUAGUCAUGGAAUAUGUGGAAGGAGGUGAAUUAUUUGACCGAAUUAUUGACGAGAAUUGCAAUUUGACAGAGAUGGAUACUAUCUCAUUCAUAAAACAGAUCUGCGAGGGAAUUCAGUACAUGCACCAAAUGUACAUUCUUCAUUUGGAUCUAAAGCCUGAGAAUAUCCUGUGUGUGAACCGAUCUGCAAAUCAAAUAAAAAUUAUUGAUUUUGGACUGGCAAGAAGAUAUAAACCCCGGGAAAAACUUCGAGUAAACUUUGGGACUCCUGAAUUUCUUGCUCCUGAAGUUGUGAAUUAUGAAUUUGUCUCCUUUCCCACAGACAUGUGGAGUGUAGGAGUCAUUGCUUACAUGCUCCUCAGUGGAUUGUCUCCUUUUUUGGGUGAGGAUGACAACGAGACCCUCAACAAUAUCCUGGCCUGCAGCUGGGAUUUUGAAGAUGAGGAGUUUCAAGGUGUUUCUGAGCAGGCCAAAGAUUUCAUCUCAAAGCUUCUCAUCAAGGAAAAAUGCUGGAGAAUAAGUGCAACUGCUGCCUUAAAACACCCAUGGUUAUCAGACCACAAGCUCCACUGCAGGCUCCAGAAGAAGGUUAAAGGUGACAGUGAGUCCCAGGCACCUUCAGAUCCGUAAUCUCUGAAAGAGCUGCAAAACAGAAGAAAAGCUGCUGUGUGGUUACUGCUGCUAAGAGAUUGGAAAAUAUCAGCAGUCUUGGUGCUUUACCUCCCUGCCAUGACUGAGUCUUUUACUAAAUGGACCAACAGCGCUUUCGCUGCAGGAUAAGUCCCAGAAUCUCUGAGCUGCUGCUUCUCUAUUCAGCUUUCAAAAGAAGGAGAGUAUUUUUCCAGUUUGAGUUGUUUCUUCUGGAGCGCCAUGUUCUCCAUGUCCAGGAGUGCCACAUUUGCUUGGUUUCAUAACAGUGCUUUUUUUCUAUUUUGUCCUCCACUCUCAUUUAAUUAUCAAAAGCCCCUUAAGGUUCAAAUUACCAGGUUAAGUUGUCUGUUUUUCGUCAGCCAGAUGAGAAACACCUGGCACUUUGUUAUCUGUGUAGGCAGGGCUGAUUUGACACUGGAACCAAAUCAUAAAAAAACACAUACACACACACAAAAAAACCCCAACCAAAACCAAAUCAAAACAAAAGUCAAUUUAAAACUGCACAAUGUAGAAGAUUUGAAGUUUGUUUUUCCUGUCACACUAAAAUGAGCUAAGGAUUCACUCAACUGAAGUUAGAGCCAUGAUAAUUUAAUACCAAUAAAAGUGAGAAUUGAGGCUUUCCUUGCAGGUAGGUGAAUUUGCUACAACCAUAAUACAUUUUAUGAUUUUUUAGCCUGGUGAAUUACUGUUCAUUUUAAAUACACUUGGAUUAAUUCCAUGAGAAAGAAAAGAAGGCACUAUUCAGUCAUGCCUAAGCAGACUCUCUUCUCCUCUGUGCAGGUAUAACUCAGAGUUAUUUUAACUGAGGGUGACUUUACACCAGCUACUUUCCUUAUUGCUAAGAACUGAUUAAGACUAUUGGCAAAGAGGAGAGUCAGCCUGCUCAUUAUAACCUCUGUUUUUCUAAAGAUGUCUUUUCUUUCUCUUUAUCUUACUCCCAAGCCUUUCUAAGUAAGGAAAAGACUGGGAGUCAGAACAGUUGAAUUCUGAUACUGUUUGAAUACGGUUCUUUAUUAAGUGAACCUGAGUCUUACUUGCCUAGGCUGUGAGGUUACAGUAAUGAGACUUAUUCCCUGCUGUAUAUGGCUUUCUGACCGCUUGGUUUCAGAACUACACACAUAGCAAGUAUUUUGUUCCAUGAUGCUGACAUAUUGCAGUGCCUUUAGUUUUUCUUUGAUUAAUCCAGUUCUGCUCAAACUACAGAUUGACAUAGUUAUCUCUAUAUAUUUAUCUAUACAUUUCAUGCACGUUUAUAUUUAUGUCUUUUAUUAAAGGGGAUCAAUGUGAAGACAAAACCGAAUAGCAUUAUUCAUUACAACCCAAUGAAUUAUUUUCAUACCUUUGUCCUUUCUGAAUAGCACUCAUAGAUGAAAUAAAAGGGGCCCAUUAAUGGGACAUUGUGGCCAUGACAUUAUCUACAGCCAGUUUGAUCCAAUGUUUUAAAGCCAUUGUGGUAGAUCUAUUAAGACUGCUUCUGUAAACCAAUAGAGGGCUUCUUACAGCUGUGAAAUCUGAGAAAUACUGAUGUGUUGUAAUAGCUGUGAAUAGAUGAGAACCAUUACUACAAUCACACAGUGAUUUGCCAUGUAACUGUGAUACCAUGUAGAGCACUGCCACCUUAAAAUCCUUAUCUGUUGUCUUAAAUGAAGUAAGCUUUGACUAGCAGAAAUAGAAGUUUCUCUGGGAAAGCUGCUCCUGAGCAACCUCAAAGCAAGAAAACCAGAAUAUUACCUUUAAGUAGAAACUAGGCUGCCUAUCUUUAGUCACCAUUCACGUUUCCCUGCACAAAAGAAACAGAAAACCUACCCUUCUGUUAGGGCUGGAUUUCCUACUCCUAUCUGACUACCUUCUAAACACUGUUAGCUUUUUGAACAGUAAAAAAGUUAAUGAUUAGUCUCAAAUACAGCUGGAUAACUUUGGAAUGACAAGAUCUCAUUGCACAUUUUACUGCCAGUAUUGUAGAUUUGGGGUUUUCUUUUUCCUGUGGUAGACAUUUACAUGAGUAUGAAUAAAUUGCAUGUCAUUUUGAAUCUUAUUAACUGUACUAAAACAACAGUGUGACUACAGGCUUAUCUGCUUUCUUGCUCAGUUGAAUUAAGAGAAUGUAUCACUUGUGGAUCUGUACAAAUGAGUCAUGAUUCAGACCUUCAUGCCAUAAAGAUCAGCCAAUGUUAGAGUGCAGUGUGCUGAGUUGGCCACUGAUACUCCGGAUGAUUACUGAGGAACAUGGCCUUUGUUACACACAUCCACUGAGUCCAGCUGUACAGCUCUCUGUCAGAAAUACACAUGUGAAUUACUAGGAUGGAUGGAAGAGCUUUUCAACUAUAUAUCAACAAUAUUUCAACUGUUUUGAGAGGGAAGACCCUUUCAAAAGGCAAGAGUUGAGGAGGGGAUACUUCUCUACUUCCUUGCUUGUGCAACUGGGCAGGGUGCUAAAAUCUUCAAGGAUUUAUCUUUCAAUCUUACUAACAUGGAUAAUGAUGGUUGUAUUCUUGAGUCUUAUCUAUAAGCUGCCCAACGUUUCAUCCUUGGAACGGCUGCUGUAGCAAAGGAUGAAUGGGACAGCUGGAGGAGGAUUGCCUGAGCGAGUGCCUGCAGUGAUUGAAGGCACUAUUUGGUUCCUGGCACAAGCACAGACCUACACAUGUCCAGCUGAGGGGAAAAGCCCUGAGCAUACUUCUUGCUACUGCCUCAAAAUCUCUAGAUCGGCAGCACUGAAUCAAAAGGGAGACAUGCCCAUUACUAAAACCAUUGUUGCUAUUAUGGAUGCAAAAAAUUACACUGCAUAAUUAUCACUAUAGCAGUGUGCUUGUGAUAAAUGCUCGUUCGUAUCUUUGCUGGCUGCUGCAGUUUUAGUCAAAUAAUACUUGACACAGCUUCAUUUUACUGCCUUUCUAAUUUUGUCUCAUUGCACUCUGAGCAGCAUGCUGUUCUGUGUUUGUUGUUGUUUUCCUUAAAUACAUUUUAAAAUAACACUAUUAUAUUAAGUUAUUGUUUUGACACAGCAUUAUUUAUUUUCUACUAGGUAGUAAGUCAUUCGGGUUCUAUUAAUUCAACAGCAUCUAUGUGAGUUUGCUUAUUGAUCAUUUUUUUGUUGCAUGUUGGUUUAAGAGACUUUAUUUGGAAACUGUGAAUUACUGUGCUUGAGAGCUGGUUUGGGUGUGAAGGGCACUUUAUUAGCUGUGGUUACUCCAUUUAGACUUAUAUCCGCAGACAGUCAGAGAUGGCUGCAGGUACUACAAGAAUCACCAGGGAACAGAAUGAUAUAGCAACAUCACUGGUGGUAGCAGGGAUAAAGUGUCAAGAUGCAGCAUUUGCUCUAUGUACACCAUUGUAUUUUUCCAGACAUAUACAUUUUAAAGGCGAUAUCACUGGAGCACAGGGAUUUAUACCAGGUGAUGGCUUGACCUCCAAGUUUGCAUACAAACUCCCUGGUAGAAUGCACAAAGAAAAAGAGCUUUCCAUUCACAUAGGCAACUUCAAUAAUAAUAUUGUAUAAUGAGUGCUUUGCAGUGAUGACUUGGGGGAAUUCACUGGAAGUUGAAAUAUUUUCCCAGGGUCUUGGGGAAAACUCAACUUGGGAAAGCAAAAUUUCAUUUGCCUGAUAUAUUUAAGAAUUAGGAUGCUGUUAUUCCUACUUAUGUACAUACAGCAGAGAAACUGAGCUAGAUAAAAUCUCAGUUUUACCAAGGAUACACUAGAGUAGUCUCACAUUAUCAUCAGUUACUAACAAGGUUAUUUGUUAUAUAUAUAUGCCACUACAUGCUAUUGGCUUUCCAUCUCUUUUUAUACACUGAACAACCUGUAGGCUAUGAAACUGGUAAAAACCUAUAUGACAGAAAUAUUUCCCUACUAUCAUAUCCAUAUUUGUGAGAACCUGAAGUCAGCCACUCCUGAGUACCCUCAUAGAGUACACAGUUGGCAACCUGUGAUAAUCUGGUCUGGAGACAACAACAGAAGCUACUUCUUAAUUCCUUUUCAUGUUCCUUCCACUGUCAGAGUCUGAAUGAAGUUAAAGCCUAAGCUAAACUCUUCCAUAACUUGAUUCCUACCAGGAAUAACAGUGCAGCUCUACAGAAUUAAACAAGGAAAAUAUUUGGUCCACAUUUUGAGAUGCAAGUAGAACAGGAGCUCAGUUUAAUCUUCCACCCUCUCCAAAAAAAAAACCCAUAACACCUAAAUUGCCCUGGUCUUGACCAGUUAAAAUAAAGAGAAACUUAAUUUCUUAACAGUUGAAGAAGUUCCGUGAAAAUACCUUUUUCUGCUGUGGUUAAAUUACUGCAGGAAGGGUCAAGAUAUUUUAGCAUCUUUGGUUUUAUGCUGACACUAUGAAUUACGAGCAGUCUCUUUCAAUAAAAAAAUGUCUCACCGGGAGAUGUUCUGCUCUUCUCCACCAAUAGGGAUCUGAAAACAUCCCAUCCCCUUCACCUGGCCCUACCAGUGAGCAGGGCACCUUCCUGCUGGUGAACUCUUAAUAUGAGAUAAGAAUUGUAGUUCUGCUUAGUGCCAAAGACACAGAGGUGAUGAAUGAGCACUGAUGCUCCAAACUCUUUCCUGCUUUCCAGGAGGAUGCUGCAUCUUCACAUACUACUUUUAUCAUCACCGAAAUAUACUUGUCCUCAUGUCUUGUAUGAAUAAAACUAAACACUGCAUGAAUCCAUUUAGGGACAUUAGAUUCUUUCACCUUCUGUGAAGGCUUAAUAGCUGAACAACUAACUACCUGUUUAAAGUAUAAGUUGAAGACUGGUAGAGGUAAUGCUUUGUAAAUAUGUUUUUAGCCAUGUCAGUAGAGUUAGCAAGCACAUUCUGGUGUGGCAGAACUAAUGUUUGUGUACCCCACAGCAACUUUCCUUAGAAGACAGGCAUAUGAGAACUAAAUCUCAAAGCAUGUGGAUUUUCAUGCCAUCUUCCAUAUCUGGUUUUGUAGAUUAACUCAUGUUUCUCUGGUACAUGUUCUUUCGGGAAAACAUAAGGCGAUCUUGUAAACAGACAACAAGAAUAAAUGCUGAUUUUGUUUACUCUA